GUUUUCUGCGUUAGACGAAGAAGAGCCUUUGCUAAAGUUGAUUCAAUGUUGUGUCCGUGCGUUGCAGGUUUAGUCAACCACAUCGUUUAGGUCCUGGCCUGGAAAACACCUCAAAGUCACCUUUAAUCACAGGAAUGUCGGUUCAGUUGGUAAAUGUCAUUUAACGGGAGCCGGUAAUAGCAGAGCGGCGAGAUGGCCAUCGCCACCGUGGCUACAGAGUACGUGUUCAGCGAUUUUCUGCUGAAGGAGCAGAACAAGGCUCGAUACCACAGCAUCCGGACCGAGCUGGCGGUGGACAAACUCGUGACCUGUGUGGCAGUGGGCCUGCCCCUCCUCCUCAUCUCACUGGCCUUCGCUCAAGAGGUUUCAUUUGGUGCUCAGAUAGGCUGUUUUUCUCCAUCUAACUUCUCCUGGAAGCAGGCUGCUUAUGUGGACUCGUUCUGCUGGGCAAACAUGGGCACACACACAGUCAAUCUGUACCUGCACAAGUUCUUUCCAUACAUCCUGCUGCUGCUGGCUGUGCUGAUGUAUGGCCCGGCGUUGUUCUGGAAGUUUUGGGUGGCACCACUGUUGCAGUCGGACCUUGGGUUUAUCUUGGAGGAGCUGGACCGGUGUUACAACCGUGCUGUUACUCUGGCCAAACACAUGGCCACCUCAGAGCCUGGCACCCCAGACAGCGACCCUACUGAGGGCUGCUUUAAUUACCCGCUGGUGGAGAAGUUCCUGGUGACCAAGCGCAGCUCACGGGUGCUGCUGUCUUACUACUUGCUGAGUCACGGCCUGACUCUUGUCAUUCUGGUGUGUGCCUGCGUCUACCUGGGUUACUACUUCUUCCUGGCUUCCACCAAAGACGAGUUUGUCUGCGGGCUGCGUGUCGGCCUGCUCGCCUCUGACCACAGUAUCCCUGAGAAGGUGCAGUGUAAGCUCAUCGCUGUGGGAAUCUUCUAUUUGCUGAGCCUUGUCAACUUGAUCGUGUUCAUUGCACUGAUCCCCGUGGUGAUCUACGCCAGUAUCCGUCCCCUCUUCUUCACUGGAUAUGCCCGGUUCCUGGAAGGCUACCAGUCACUGCCCACCAUGAGCAUCCUGCCCACCCCCAGUGGCCAGUGGGACGACCUCAAUCUGUAUCUGCUCUUCCUUGAGGAGAACAUUAGUGAACUAAAGUCCUACAAGUACAUCAAGGUGUUGGAGUUGCUGAAGAAACAAAGUGUAUACUCCAGGGAAUUUGACGCCAUGGAUCUGCUGCAGACUCUCUAUCUGGUGAAGACGGACACUGUUGAUGGGAAACCUACUGGUGCUACAGGAAAACAGGAGAAGCAGGAUGAAAUAAAAACUGCUGGAGGCGACUGUGCCGGCGGUCCUGCAGCUGGCAACGCUAGAACGGCCGAGAACGGCUGCAACCAUACGACCUCGGACACAGACAACAAUGUGGAAACUGAGCUGAGAGAGCUCACUCCCUUGCUACCAGGAAGCGACGUAACGGGCAGCAAAAUCAGCGAGGGGGGGCCUUUCCGGCAGGGAGCGAUGUGAUUGGCUGCUGGCAUGGCGCUGGAAACCUGGAUCAAGUGUUUAUUGUCCCAUGGUGCAUCUGCAACUCUGUAAAUUCCUGUCCUGAAGGAGGGACACAGUAAGACGAGAGGGUGCAGCGGCAUGAUGGGAACCAUCGAAGUUUUACCUCAUCUUCUGGACAUUUAUCAGUGUGGACUUCACAAACUCAAAUAAACAGCAGAAGAAGUGUCAGUCGGGUGAUGCGACUGAACAGCGGACAUGUCAGUUAAAGUCCGGUUGGUACAGAUGUCAGGAAGCAUCUGUCAUCCCUGGUUAGUAUUUAUAAACAUUAUAAAUCUAAUCAAUCAUUCAUGUCACACUGUACUGUAGCUGCAUGCAGCGAUGACGCCGCAACAGUAUGUACAGACUUUGUCAACACUUAUAAUGCCUAUACUUAUGUUAUAAGUGUGUAGAUGAAUGAGCCAUACUGCGAUAAAACACCUAUACUUAUGUU